AUGAUUGAGCGAUGUCAGCCGCCUUUUGAUGGAGAUAUCACACUUCCCGACGCCAUCACCUCGGUCCACCUCGGCGCAUUACGGCCCCUGAUUUACGCCGUCGUUUCCAAACUCUCCGCUUCCAAAGUGUCAUUUCCGACCAGAGCAGGUCCACAGUUCUUUGACACAGGACCUGAAAGUGCAGAGACCUGGGACGGACUAGAGGAUUUAAAGGGCACUAAAGGCCUCUCUCCGGUCCCGGCUCCUCUCUGUGGUCGCGGCGAUGGAAGCGUUGGAGUGUUUUCCUGGUUGAAGCCCGGGGCAGCUCCGGUCAGGCGCCUGUGGAGAGAUGCAUUCAGGAGGGGACGCGACCACAGCGGGACGCCCCACGACCAGGGCUCCACGCCGGGACAGGGUUAG